AGACUUUCAAUUGACCUCCUCCCGACAUUACUUGCUCAGCAAGCGGCGGCCACGUAAACUCUCACCGCCGUCUUAUCGAUAAGCAGAUAGCGAUAAAACAUCCCAGUACCCCACGAUCUAGACCUCGAAGGGGGCACUUGCAACUCCAGCAUCUAUAUCCUUAGAACAGCCGAUCCGACCCUUCAACUGUGUCCGCCGGCGAUUCCUCUAGCACCAUGCCCUCCGCCGACUCAUCAGGCCCGCUCUUCAGCUCCGAGCUCAUCUCGCCCGCUGUCCUAAAAGCGCUCCCAGAAGGCUACAGCUGCCGGCCACUUGAGAAGAAGGACUACCACAAUGGGUUCUUGGAUGUGCUGAGGGUGCUCACCACAGUUGGCGACAUCACCGAGGACCAAUGGAACGAACGCUACGAGUGGAUGUCGCGACGCAACGACGAAUACUUCCUCCUCUGCGUCAUCGACUCGUCCAACACCAUCGUCGGCACCGGCGCGCUGAUCGCUGAGCGCAAGUUCAUCCAUAACCUGGGGCUGGUAGGACACAUUGAGGACAUCGCCGUCGCGAAGGAUCAGCAGGGGAAGAAGCUGGGGCUGCGCAUCAUCCAGGCGCUGGAUUUUGUAGCGGAGAAGGUUGGAUGUUACAAGACUAUUCUCGACUGCUCAGAAGCGAACGAGGGCUUCUACGUCAAGUGUGGGUUCAAGCGGGCGGGGCUCGAAAUGGCGCACUACUACGGACGGUAAGCCAGACAUUGUACAUGAGAACGAGCGGCUGAACGCGGGCUAGUGCUAAGCUGUGAAUGCAUUUGGAGGCGUUAUGCGAUACAGGCCUCGACCGAUGGUCUGGCUGGAUUUGAUAUACGCGUAGAAGGCUGGUUUAAGAUGGCCGUGGCGUUUCUGAAUAGAUGUGUCGCUGAAUGCUGUCAUUUCGUGCCUACUAGCUUUGAAGGGUACUCUGAUGGAAGCGCCUCCCUCGUAUCCUAAGAAAUACAUGUGAUGAUAGAGCUUGAUGCCCU